AUGAGUAAGGUGUACAAAGAAGACGAGAUCAGCGUCCGAGUGGAUAGGUGCCUGUACGAUUCGGUGAUCAAAUUCGGUGGCGGCUUGAGUGUAGGUGUUGUAGCAUCCCUGUUGUUCUUCAAACGUAAGAAGUGGCCAAUGAUCAUGGGUUCUGGUUUUGGAUUGGGCUUAGCAUAUGAGAAUUGCGAAAAAGACUUAAAGGAAUAUUUUACGAGUACAUAA